GCGCUUUUGGCGGUGUUGACGUUAGCUGGUGUAGCUAGCGGUAGCUUAGAGAUUUCAUGGAUGUUUUUGUGUUUUAUUAGCUCUGAUAUUUUGAAUAAUCAUCUGCAGCGAUGAUCCACGAGUUGCUGCUUGCUUUAAGUGGAUAUCCUGGUACCAUAUUCACGUGGAAUAAACGGAAUGGGUUGCAGGUGUCCCAGGACCUGCCAUUUCUCCAUCCGAGUGAAACCAGCGUCCUGAACCGCCUGUGUAAAAUGGGCACCGACUACAUGCGUUUCACCGAGUUCAUAGAGCAGCACACAGGCCACGUCCACCAACAGGAGCACUACUCGAACCAGCCGAGCCAAACUGGGCUUCAUGGGAUAUACCUGCGGGCUUUCUGCACCGGCCUGCAUUCCAUGUUGCAGCCUUAUAGACAAGCCUUACUGGACCUUGAGCAAGAGUUUCUCGGCGAUCCACAUCUCUCCAUUUCACAUGUAAACUACAUGCUGGAACAGUUUCAGUUGCUCUUCCCAUCUGUGAUGGUUGUCGUGGAGACCAUCAAAUCUCAAAAGAUUCAUGGCUGCCAGAUCCUGGAGACUGUUUACAAGCACAGCUGUGGAGGACUGCCCCCUGUCCGGAUGGCCUUAGAAAAGAUUCUUGCAGUGUGCCAUGGUGUGAUGUAUAAGCAACUGGCUGCAUGGAUGCUUCAUGGGCUUCUGCUGGACCAGAGUGAAGAGUUCUUUGUGAAGCAGGGCCCCAGCGCAGGAGGAGCUGCAGCAGCGCAGGAGGAAGAGGAGGAGGACCUCGGCAUCGGAGGCCUGAGUGGGAAACAACUCAGAGAGCUGCAGGACCUGAGACUGAUUGAGGAGGAGAACAUGCUUGCUCCUUCACUCCAGCAGUUCUCCUUGCGUGUUGAGAUGCUUCCAUCAUACAUUCCUGUCCGAGUGGCUGAAAAAAUCCUCUUUGUUGGGGAAUCAGUUCAGAUGUUUGAGAACCACAACCAGAGUCCAUCCAGAGCUGGCUCCAUACUGAAACACCAAGAGGACAUGUUUGCUGCAGAGCUCCACAGACUCAAACAGCAGCCACUUUUCAGCCUGGUGGACUUUGAGAAUGUCAUAGAUGGCAUACGAAGCACAGUUGCUGAGCAUCUCUGGACUUUGAUGGUUGAGGAAUCUGACCUUUUGGGACAACUGAAGAUCAUAAAGGAUUUUUAUUUGUUGGGACGUGGUGAACUGUACCAAGUCUUCAUUGAUCUUGCUCAGCAUAUGCUUAAAACUCCUCCGUCAGCUGUGACAGAACAUGAUGUCAAUGUGGCCUUCCAGCAAGCAGCUCAUAAGGUUCUCCUUGAUGAUGACAACCUGUUGCCUCUCUUGCAUCUCACCAUUGACUAUCAAGGGAAAGACGCCAAAGAGGCUUCUGGGAAUCGAGAGGGCACCACGCCUCCUCAGGAGUCUUCUCCUCGAGAGGCCCCGUCCACAGGCUGGGCGGCACUGGGAUUGGCCUACAAGGUGCAGUGGCCACUGCACAUUCUCUUCACUCCUGCUGUGCUGGAAAAGUACAAUGUAGUGUUUCGUUACCUGCUCAGUGUGCGUCGGGUUCAGUCUGAGCUUCAGCACUGCUGGGCUCUGCAGAUGCAGCGGAAGCACUUAAAGUCAAACCAGACGGAUGCAGUCAAAUGGAGACUGCGCAACCACAUGGCCUUCCUGGUAGAUAACCUGCAGUAUUACCUACAGGUGGACGUGCUGGAGUCCCAGUUUUCACAGCUCUUGCAGCAGAUCAACUCUACACGAGACUUUGAGAGCAUUCGGCUGGCUCAUGACCAUUUCCUCAGUAAUCUCCUAGCCCAGUCCUUCAUCCUGCUCAAGCCAGUGUUUCACUGUUUGAAUGAGAUUCUGGAUCUGUGUCACAACUUUUGUUCACUAGUGAGUCAGAAUCUGGGGCCACUGGAUGAGAGAGGAGCAGCUCAGCUGGACAUUAUGGUCAAGGGUUUUAGCCGCCAGUCGUUCCUGCUGUUUAAGAUCCUGUCCAGUGUGCGUAACCACCAAAUUAAUUCUGAUCUGGCUCAGCUGCUCCUGCGACUAGACUACAACAAAUACUACACACAGUCUGGAGGCACUCUGGGAAGUUUUGGGCUCUAAGACUGAACCUGGAGGACUCAAUCCAAGUGUUCUUGGCAGACACUGGUGAACAAAGUGUAAUAUGAAGAGGCCAAAUAUGUAAUAAGGCAGAGGUCAUUUACUUUGUGUUGUAAAUAUGACUUGUCUUAGUGUGGAUGGCAUUUUUCCUUGAAAUGACCUUCAGUUGUAUAAUACUGUUGUAAAUACUGUUUGGUGCUUCUGUUCCUCCCUGAAUUGUAAAAUAAAGCUAACCAGAAAAAGAAACA